AUGGAUGAUACAAAGAAUGGACAAGUCGUGGCUGGUAGCAAUGGCCCAGGAAAUAGAUUGGACCAAUUGCAUGGUCCUACCGAUGUGUUGAUCGACAAACAGACGGAGAGCCUCAUUAUUUGUGAUAGAGUCAAUCGACGAGUCGUACAAUGGUCUCGUCGUAGUGGCACAACUCAAGGGAACAUCCUCGUUAACAACAUCGCUUGUCGAGGGAUGGCUAUGGAUGAUCAGAGACAUCUCUACAUCUCUGACAUCGUCAAACAUGAAGUAAGGCGAUAUCAAAUAGAAGGAGACAAGAAUGGAAUAAUCGUGGCUGGUGGGAAUGGCAAAGGUGCUGAUCUCAAUCAACUCAACUGGCCGACCUUUGUCUUCGUCGAUCGACAACAGACUGUCUAUGUGUCAGACAAAGACAAUCAUCGUGUAAUGAAAUGGAAUAAAGGUGCAAAAGAAGGAAUUGUUGUCGCUGGAGGUCAAGGCGAAGGAAAUGCUCUGACACAAUUAUAUAGUCCUCAAGGACUGUUCGUCGACACAUUGGGUACCAUUUAUAUCGCGGAUUCGGGAAAUGAUCGUGUCAUGCGUUGGCUUCAAGGAGCAAAAAAGGGUGCUGUGAUUGCGGGUGGAAAUGGUGAAGGAAAAGGAGCAAAUCAGUUCAACUGUCUCAGGGGUUUAUCCUUCGAUCGUCGCAGUAAUCUCUAUGUGGUAGAUUGGGGAAAUGCUCGUGUUCAACGAUUUUCUAUCGGCUAG